GCGGGAGGCGUGGGCCCGGGCCGGGAUCCGAUCCCGCGCGCGCGCGCGCGCCCGCGACCGCUGCCGCCCUGCCUGCUCAAGUUGUGGUCCGCCCUCUGUGCAGCAGCCCUCGAUCGAUCGAGGCACUACCUAUCCGCGCCGCCGUCGUUUUACUAGCGUUCCGGAACCUCCGCGGAAUGGCGCUCGCGCUCCUGGUCCUCGCCGCGUUCGCCGCGCCCCUGGCCGAGGGCGGCGAGGUCAUCUCGGACCUGGUGUCGCCCUCUGCGGACGCUCGCCGCGCCCGCACGAUCAAGGCGGAGGCCUUCUGGACGCCGCUGCUCAAGGCCGCGGAGGGCACCAACCUCAGUGGCCACCUGCUGCUCUUCGAGGACGCCGAGGGCGUCAUCGCGGAUCUGCCCGCGGGCGAGGUCCGCGACGCCCUGGCGGAGUCUCUGCAGCGGCUGCAGGACGCCGACCAGCUCGUCCUCGCCCAGGCGGCGGGCUCGUGGCAGUCUGCCAUGGAGUGCAGGAGUGCCGCCGUCCUGGAGGCCCUCGGCGAGCCCUGGCCGCUGGAGGCGCGCCUCGACCCUCCGAGGGGGGCGAAGGACACGGCAGAACGGGGAGGCAGCGGGCUUGCUCACCUCCGCCCCCUCUCCCCGCCUGGCCGCCCCGCGGCGCAGGACGGCCUGCGGAGCCCCGAGGCCGAGGCGGCGUUCUCCUUCGCGCGGGGCGGGCAGGACUUCCUGCGGAACCUCGUCCGGCGGUUCGUGGACGGGGGCGACUACCCCGAGCGGCUGAGGGCCGACGUCGGCAAGCGCCAGGGCGAGGUGCUGCCGGCCCUGCGCGGAGCGGCCGCCAGCGCGGGCGACGUUCUGACGAACACCAGGUUGGCCUCCAAGCGCGCGUUUGACGCCCUGAAGUACAACAUCUACGUCAGCCGCACCCCGAAGACUCCAGAGGCGGCCACGGACGUGGCAAACCGGCUCGUGGACGCGGCCGGGGAGACGCGGAAGCACUUCAUGUCGGGCAUCACUGCGAUGGUGAACGGAAUCACGCAGGAUGUGCAGGGUCAGCACGACGACGCGGGGGCCACCGUCGCAAGGUGGGAGCUCGGGCUGGGCCCCGCCAGCGCACCGCCGGGAGGCAUUACUGCUGGGCCCGCCGCCAGCGAGGGGAGCCCGCUGAAGAUCUACGCGGGGUCGUCCUCCGCCGAGAUUGGGCUGCAGCUCGUGCUGUGAGCCUCCCCGCCUGCGCCGCUGCGCCGGGCGCCGGGCCCGCCGUGGCCCGCGCGGGCCGAAGAGCCACGGGCCUCGGCGGGCCUCGCGCGGCACACCGCGCCCCUCGGAGGGCGUGCGCGGCGCGCGCGCGCGCGCGGCGCGGCCAGACCGACCGGGUGCGGCGCAGAG